ACUGGCGGUAUAUAUAUUUUUUUUACACAUCGUAUAGCGUCAUAUUUAUAAUCGUUGUUAUUAAAAAAAAAAAAAAGUUUAAUAAUUUUAUCGUAUUUAUAAAUAAUAACAAUAAGUGUAAUAUUACAUAUAUUUUUAAUAAUUAAAAAUUAUUAAUAAAUAAAACAAGAUGCAAACAAUCAACAUAAAAAAACAUAAAAAACAUAAACGUGAACGACAUGAAGAAGGACAUCAAUAUAUCCAAGCCGAUAAACCACCAGCAUUAAAAUUAAUAUUAAAAGUUGGUGGUGCUACUGGAACACCAGAAUACGCUGGUAAUUCACCAAGUCAAUCAACAAUGUUGUCACAUCAAUAUCAACAACUUGGUAUGAAUUAUUCAGUAAGCCAAGGUGAUAAUGAAUAUGAUAAAUACAUAACUGCACAUAAAAAAUUAAAGAAAAAAAAAAAAAAAAAAGAUAAACGUCAUAAACAUCAUCAUAAAGAUAAAAAACGUCGUAGAGAUGAAUCAAGUCAAGAAUCAGUUGGUGAUCCAGAUGAUAAUAUUGGUAUAACAGAAACACCAGCUAAAAAAAAAACUUUACAUAGUCAUCAUCAUAAUCACCAUCAUCAUCAACAACAACAUCUUAAUAAUAAUAAUAGUAAUAAUAUUAAUAAUAAUAGUAGCAAUAAUCAACAACAACAACAACAACAACAGCAUCAAAUUCAUAAUUUAAAUGUACCAAAAUUAUCAUCACAAUUAAAUGUUGGAUCACAACAAAUACGUCAAUCAGUAUCACCUCAUCGUGAACCAAGAACAUGUGUAUUAAAAAAAAUAGCUGAACGUACACCAUUACAAAGAUUACUUGAAUAUUUAUUACGUUCAUUAGAAAUACGUGAUCCAGAACAAUUUUUUGCUUGGCCAGUAACUGAUAGUAUUGCACCUGGUUAUUCAGAAAUAAUACGUUAUCCAAUGGAUUUUAGUACAAUGAAACAAAAAAUAAUUGAUAAUAAUUAUACAACAUUAAAUGAAUUUAUAAGUGAUUUUAAAUUAAUGUGUGAUAAUGCAAUGACAUAUAAUCAUCAAGAAACAAUUUAUUAUAAAGCAGCUAAAAAAUUAUUACAUGUUGGUUUAAAAAUGGUUACUGCUGAUAAGUUACGUCAAUUAAGAUCAGUAUUAACGUAUAUGCGUGAUAUAUCAUGUGAUGAACUUGGUUUUGAGCUAGGUGUUGAAGAUCCAAAUAAUCCAGAUGUAUUAACAACUGAAGAACAAAUUGAAAGAGAACGUGAACAAGAAGAAAGAAAUGAAGAAGCUGAAGAAUUAAGAAAAGAAAAUCAACGUAAAAUACGUUUAGCAAAUCUUGGUAAAUUUGAAGCAAUACCAGAUGAUUUAACACCAGAUGAAAUAUUAAAACAAGCACGUAAUGCUGCUAAAAUAGCAUCAGAUAAAUUAUCAAUGAAACGUAUUAAUUCAAAAAUGGGUUUUUUACGUCAAAAAAAAGAUGGUACAACUAGUUUACAAAUUAUUGUUAAUGGUAAUAAUGGUGAAAUACCUGGUACAAAUCAACGACCAGUAUCACUUGGUCAAUUAAUUGGUAAAUUAAGUCAUGGUACUGGUGCAUUAGCUGGUUUUCGUGAAGAUCGUAGAAAUAUGUCAAAACCAGUUAAACCAUUAUAUUAUGGUGCAUUUGGUUCAUAUGCACCAAGUUAUGAUUCAACAUUUGCUAAUUUAACUAAAGAUGAAACUGAAUUAGUUUAUUCAACUUAUGGUGAUGAUACAGCUGUACAAUAUGCUGAAUCAAUACUUGAUUUUGCUAAAGAUUGUGAUUAUACAUUAACAAUGGUUGAUGAUUUAUUAGAUAUAUUAACAAAUGGUGAUCAUCGUAAAACUAAAAAAAUACUUGAUGAAAAACGUAAACUUAAAGAAGAAGAAGAAAAAAUUAAAAAUUUAUUAGAAAAACCAACAGCUGAUAUUAAUCGUAAUAAUUCAUCGACAACAACAACAACAACAACAACAAUUGAUACUGUCAAAGUUGAUGUUAAUCAACUUAAAUCAUUAGCUGAAUUUGGCAUUGAUAUAAAUUUUUUAGAUGGUUUUGAACAAGAUGGUAAAAUACAAGAAGAUAAAUCAUCAAUACAAAAUCGUUUAGAUGAUACAUCACAAAUGUUGGUACGUUUAAAACAAGCACAACAUGAUCGUUUAUCAGCACCACCACCAUCACAUUUAUCAAAUGUACCAAAAGCAACAGAUAAUGAAAUAUUACUUGCUGAAAAAAUAACAGAUAAUUUAACUGAAGUUGCUAAAAAACUUCCACCAUCAGCAAUUGCAUCUGUUGAUGGUUUACGUCGUGCAAUGGGUAUAGCACCAGUUGGUGGUCCAGAACCAAUGGAAGUUGAACCAAUAACUCAUAAUCCAACAAUUGUUAUUGAAAAUAAUAAUACAACAACAGUUGUACAGACACAAAUUUCAACAAAUUUACAUAUUAAUAAUACAAAUAAUAAUCAAACAAAUACAACAAUUAUUAAUCAAACACCAAUACAAAUACAAAUUGGUAAUGUAGCAACAAAUUCAGUGCCAGCUUUAUUAACAAAUGAAUCAUCUGGUGUACCUGAUCUUGAAUCAGAAUUACGUGAAUUUUUAGAAAGUGAUCCAACACUUGGACAUUCACCGCUACAUGAUGAUAAAACACUUGAAGAUAUUUUAUCAGAAUCUUAAUCAAAUAAAAUAAUAAUUAAAUAAUAAUAUUAUUUUUUACUUUCAAAUUUUUUUAUGUACUGAAAUUAAAUUGCAUAUAAUAUAAUUAAAAUUAAUAUUGAGUAAAGAGAAAAAAAUAUGUGGAGAAAAAUAAAAAUACAUUUUUUUUUUUUUUUUAAUAAUAAUAUUAUAGAAAUAAAUGAGAAAAUUUUUAGAUAUUUUUUUUCUAAUAUUUAGUUUAUAAUAAUUGUCAUGUUAUACUCAUGGAAAAAUUAAAUAAUAAUAAUAAUCUAUAUAAAAAUAAAAAAACAAUGUAAUUGUAGAAAUAAAAAAAAGAACAAAAAAACAUGAAAUUUAAAUAAUUUUAUUAUCAUUUUGUAAUUGGAAAAUAGUGCAACAUUUAAAUUUAUUUUGAUGGUUAAUUUAAAUGGACAUUAAACCAAUAUCAACCGACUAUAAUAACAAUAAUGUUAUGUGUGGUUUAAAUUGUAUACAAAAUUUAAUUUCUAAAUUUGUUAAAUUCAUUGUCAUGCGCCAUCAACUUUCCAAUUUAUAUAUUGACAUUGAAAAUUAUAUUUUUUUUUAUAUUUAAUUUUAUUUAUUCAAGGAUAUUUAAUGAUAAAUUAGUCAAGGUUUAUUAUUGAUUAAUUUGCUUUGAUAAUUUGAGUAAAUUUUAAUGAAGAAAUUGGUUUUUUUAGAUGAAAAUUUUUGUUAUUUUAUUGAGAUUUUAUUUGUCAAUAAGAAAAUACUUUCAUUAGCUAAAAAAAAUUUUAAAUUAUUUUUCUAAAUUAAAUUAUGACUUGAACAAAUUUUUUUAAUUUUUAUAAAUUACGUAAAAAAGUAUUUUUAUGUUUUUUUUUUUCUUUCAAGUUUUAUUUACUACUAGAAUAAUUACGUGACCCUUGAAUUUCCUCGAGUAUUAUAUGAAAGAAAAAAAAAAAAAAAUGAUAAUUAUAACAAUCACUGUCACAUAAAACAUUGUUUUAAUUUUAAAUUAUUAACUUGAAAUUUUUCUUCAAGAAAAAUACCUUGACAUUAAAAUUUUGUUAGAAAUUAAAUGAAAAAAAAAAAAUGUUUUAUACAUUGUCGUAUUUUUAAAUUAACAGACUAGAUUAAAAUAUAUUUUUAAAAAUUUAUUUUCAUUAGCUUUUCUUGUUUUACUGAGUUUGAAAAAAAUUCUUUAAGAGUCAGCAAAGAUUUUUGUGUGUGAAGGCACUUGUUAAAUUUUGUGUAUCAAAAAAUAAUAAAAAAAAAAAAAAAAUGAUAAUCACAAGUUGUAAUACCAGUGCUGAAUAGAAAACUACGUCAGUUUCAUUUGUUCACGCCCUCUUUCAUUCUACCAACUUUUCAUUAAGACU